AUCCAUCAACAACAGUUCCAUAAUCUUCAGCAGUUGCGAGCUCUAACAACACGAACAGUGAGACAACCCAUACGAAAUGCCCCUCAUACCACAACGCAUCAUGCAGAUAUGGUAAAUGAUCAUAAUCAUUUAUGGGUUGAUAUUGACUUCACGUUACGACGCGUCUUUGGGAAGACUUCUUUUCGGCCUCUUCAACGCGAGGUCAUCUCAGCGGUGAUCGAUGGCCACGAUGUCUUCUUACAAGCUGCUACAUCCUUUGGAAAGAGUCUUUGCUUUCAACUACCCGCUGUUGUCAGCCAUGGUGUGACUCUAGUAGUAUCACCACUCCUUUCGCUGAUGGUUGACCAAGUUGCCGCACUCGAAGCCUACGGGAUCCCUGUUGCAACAAUCAAUGGCACCACACCAUUAUCCGAAAGGAAAGCGAUUAUCGAGGACAUCCUAUCCGGGCAUCCCAAGAUCCGCUUGCUUUAUGUCACGCCCGAAUUCUGCUGCACGGAAACAUUUCGACGCAACCUCAAGAGAAUACACGCUCAGGGAGAACUCACUCGUGUGGCAAUUGAUGAAGCACAUUGUAUCAGUGAAUGGGGCCAUGAUUUUCGACCGGCAUAUAAAGAGCUGUCGUGGUUUAGGGAGACUUUUAAGAACCCGCUUGUUCCUAUAACGGCACUUACGGCAACGGCUACGCCAAAAGUGCGUAAUGAUAUUGUGAAGUUGCUUGGCCUUGAUAAAGACUCUCUGAAGUGGUUUCAUACCCCUUCUGCUCGGCCCAACAUUCAUUACGAAGUCAAAUAUGUGGAAGAGAUCGACGAUGAUUGCACCUCAGCUGAUGAAGAACGAGUACACGAUCUGCUCACAUGGUUAGACACUGUACGGAAACGACGUGAGGCUCGUAUGAAUCCGGACGCCAACGGUGAAUCCAAUGAGCCAAGGCCUAAACUUCCGCCAAUAUCUGGCAUUAUUUAUGUACCCUUGCGGUCAGUUGCAGAUGUACUUGCUCGUAUACUCAACAAAUCUGGUAGGAACAUCCGCGCAGUGGCUUACCAUGCCGGUCUUCCGGCCAGUGACCGCAAGCGAAUCCAGAAAAUGUGGGCAUCUAAAACCCCGCCUUCAACUCAGCUAACUGGCCCCUGUCCGUACUUUUCAAUCGUCGUCGCUACAAACGCAUUUGGCAUGGGAAUUGAUAAUCCUCAUGUUCGCUUUGUGAUUCAUUGGGCACCUCCACGGAGCUUCGAAGGAUUGGUCCAGGAGUCCGGCCGUGCGGGAAGGGACGGACGUGCAGCUGUCUCAAUCAUAUACUAUAAUCGCAAUGAACGCGAUCGAGUUCUUGAACGAGUCAAGGCUGACGGCCGACCCGAACGAACCAGUAAUCGCUUCGCUCCUCAAACGGCGGGUGCAAAAAAACGCUCCCUUGAGGCGCGUCUCGAAAGCUUCAACAAAGUGAUAGCAUUCUGUGAGUCAACUGACCGAUGCAGACACGAAAUUAUCCGGGAGUUCUCAGGCGACCUCGAGUUGGAAAUUCUGAUGUCGAGUCAGACUACACGAUCAAAUCAGACAUCGUCAUCUCCAUGCGACUUUGCAUGCGAUGUGUGCAAAUACGGCACGGCAGAGAUCACACAAAAGAAGACAGAGAUGCUAAAGGCCUCUGCAGAAUUAGAAGCCAUGGGUGCAUACUCGGCUGAUAUGCAUACUUUUAUGUAUUAUUGGAUGACUUAUUUUGUUCGGCGAUGACGGAUACAACAACAACAAUGAAGUGGCGGGGAUCCUUGUGAUAUCCAUCAAUUCCGGAAAUCAUAGGUUUUAUAGGGAAGGCAAUCGUGUCUAGGUUGCAUGACACGAUUGAGAUAUCUUGAACAACAGUGGAAGGCUGUGCCAAUCAUCGGACUAUUGUUC